AUGCGUGACCUGCUCAAAGCAGCAGCGAGCUCUUCACGUCGCAAGAAACGAACUAUGAUCACCUUCUUCGCCACGACAAAGAGCUGCGAUCGAGAAGAAGAACCACAGCAGCAGAAGAAAAUGCCGCGACUUCGUCUCGACGAGUUGCAGAUGUCUCCUCGACACUUUGAUACUAUGGAAUACUGGUACACGAAAGGAAGACUGGUCGAGUCGCCCCUCUUGGAAUGA